GCAAAGGGUUAGUGUACCAGUACGAAAGUGCUCUAAAAGACUACCACUACCAUCAUGGGCAGGAUAAUCUUCUACGAGGACAGGAACUUCCAGGGUCGCUCUUAUGAGUGUAUGGGUGACUGUGGUGACUUCUCCUCCUACCUGAGCCGCUGUUACUCUUGCAGAAUAGAGAGUGGCUGCUUCAUGAUGUAUGACCGUCCCAACUACAUGGGAAAUCAGUAUUUCUUCAGGAGGGGUGACUAUGCUGACUACAUGUCUAUGUUUGGCAUGAAUGAGUGUAUCAGAUCUUGCCGUAUGAUCCCUAUGCACAGGGGAUCCUACAGAAUGAGGAUCUACGAGAGGGAGAACUUCAUGGGUCAGAUGUACGAGAUGAUGGACGACUGUGACAGCAUCAUGGAUCGCUACCGCAUGUCUCACUGCCAGUCCUGUCAUGUAAUGGACGGCCACUGGCUCAUGUAUGAGCAGCCCCACUACAGAGGCAAGAUGUCCUACUUCAGGCCUGGAGAGUACAGGAGCUUCAGCAAUAUGGGUGGCAUGAGAUUCAUGAGCAUGAGGCGUAUCAAUGAUUCUUAUUUUUAAAAUGUAUUUUUGUGGUACUACAAUAAAGAAUAGUUGCCAGUCCAUAU